AUGGCUCGCGAAAAUAGGCCUGGUGGUACAUCAUCCGACCCGCAAGCUAAAAAGCAUGGGUACGAGGGCUUCGAUCAGGAAACGGAAACCGGAUUUAUUUCUACCAACAUCGACGAUUUUGAGUGGUCUCAGCCUCACUCCGGGUCCACCGGGGAACCAAUGAAGCUGCACGAGAUAUCUAGUGAAGAGCUGUUUCGAGAGCCCCCGGCCGCAGUGGAAGCGCAAUCGGGGAGAGUCAACUGGGUGGCUCGGGAUCUCGACUGCGGGGAGUCCAUUACAUACAACAUAAAAGGUGUGGCUGACCGCCGCGCUCUUGAGGCGCUGGGCGCUACGAUUCUUGUGUUGUGCAAGCGGCACGACACGCCGGUCUUCAACAUCAAGCUUGGUCUCGAGUCGGCUGGCGUCGUCAAUGACAACCGACUGCGAAGUGAAGGGGCACGAUCCCAACUCGCGGCAGCUGACAGCCAGACAACCGCUGCGGCCCAGGCACACCCUACUUCGGUACCGGUAUCUGGUGUAUCGGCGCCAACCCCUGCUGCAUCAGCAUACCUCAUUAACCUUACUACCGCCGAACUUGCUGCUUUAGUACCCCCUAAUAUUAGCGCUAGCGACCUAGAGGUUCCCGGCGUCCCGUCUUUGAGAUGCGCCAACUGUCAUUGGCCUGGGCACGCCUUUCUGCGUCCCCUUAUACCUUCUCUCAGUCAUGGUAGCGUAACCGGUUGCCCGGAGUGCAAUCUCAGGAACCACAACCUGGACGAUUGCCCGGUGUUACUGCAGCUACCCAGUACAAGUGCUUUCGGAAUACCAGCCCCCCAUGUUCUAGAUGUGGUGUACUCCGAACGGUGCAACAUGCCGCAAAUCUAUUCCGAUAGACAUCUCUUUUUCGAUGAGGUGCAUGCCAUCAACGAGCAGCACAAAAUAGACGCCGCGGAGCUCAACAAACCACGCAACUGGCCGUGGACAAAUGCAUUUGCGAAGGAGGUUGCAAAGGCAAAGCCUGGAGACCCUAUUUUGCAGGGCAAGCUGCAGCCUUGGGAAUUUGAUCCGGCUAAACAUACAUACCAUGAUCUGCCGGUAGACCCGACUUUGCGGAACAUAUCUAUCAACGACAUCCUCGCGAUGCGUCGUCUGGGGUUGCUCGACACCGAGCGGCCCGAGCCUGGUGCGGGACGGAUCCGUGAACCGGACCAUGGGCCUUAG